AUGUUCAACGAGUUCACAAAGAUGAUCCCUUUGACAUUCCUACUCGGCUUUUAUGUCUCCAACGUCGUGACAAGGUGGUGGCGACAGUUUGAAAGUCUCUCAUGGCCUGAAGACCUGCUGAGCAUGGUUUGUUUGAUAGUGCGAGAAAACGACGAAAAAAGCCAAAGAAGACGUCAUGCAAUUGCCAGAUACAUUAAUUUAUCAUCAGCACUUGUAUGGCGUGACAUCUCAAAAAAGAUCCGCCUUCGUUUCCCAACAGUUCGGAGUCUUGUCGAGGCUGGUCUGCUAACGGAAAAAGAAUACGACGUUCUCGAAACUCUUGAGGAAAACAGUCCUCCAACAGCUUUUAUAAACAAUUUCGUAAGCGAACUCAAGACUUAUCGUCAGUCACUGAGGAAGUUGUUCUGCUAUGAUUGGGUUUGCGUACCACUCGUUUACACUCAGGUAGCAGCACUGGCAACCUACUCGUUCUUCUUUUUCACCCUGUUUGGCCGUCAAGUACUACAUUCUGAAGUGAAAGCUGGUCGACAGAUUGAUUCCGUCCUGCCGCUGUUCGCAAUCAUCCAGUUCAUGUUCCUCGUUGGAUGGUUCAAGGUAGGACAAGAUCUAAUGCGUCCGUUCGGAUUGGACGACGAUGACAUUCGAACUAAACUAUAUUCUCGACAGGAAUUUCAAGACCUCGUUUGCGGUGUUGAACCAGAAGAAGAUCAAAUAUGGAAAAAUCGAGAUGGCAAAUUGGAACCGUUGCCACAUUCACCGUACAGUCGACGACUUGCCGAACAUCGCCCUAAAUUGCACUCUUACGUCAGAGUGGACGACAGUGACGACAAGACCACAUUGAAAUGCACUAGCAUUCCGCGCUACAUAUCAGCUGGUGAUCGAUUCAGUGCGUCAGAAGACUUGCGAGCGAUCGCUCUCAAUUGCUUUCAUCACCCUCGAGCAACCGAAUAUGUUUCCGAAAGGGCGACGAGAUUGUUAAAAGAUUCUCCAACAUUGAUCCGAAGCGUGUACUUGACAGAAAUCAAUAAAGAUUAUGCAAUACUAUGCAGGAAAAUAUAG